UCGGGGUCCGGGUGCUGUCAGCGUUUAAACGAGGCAGGAGACCACCAUACCACACACGCCUAACGUCCCCCAAAAGGGCAAAGUUACACUGAAGUCUAGAGGGCGGGCAUGGAAAAUAACGUGGCACAGCUGAGAGGAAGAAAAAUAAGUGUUAGACAGCAUCAGGACAAGUGUGGGAUCUCCUCGCAACACCUCUUCACCCUAUCACCCUGCGCUCCACCGCUUUAUAGAACACAGACACCUCAUUGGGGAAAAAACUUGACUGGCUUUGCCAUAGCCUAAAACAAAAAUGCAUCAGAAGACCAAGUCAGUGUGAAAUAGCGUAACAAUUCGACUAUAGUUCAAAUCUGAACGCCGAUUUCUGCGACCAAGAGCUCUAUUUUGUUUAGUCUAUCAACGGGGUUCAGGGCUGAGUAGAACAAUCAGACUUAUAGCCUAGUUAUGCCGAAAGUAGCAUAACAUAGGCUAAUUUUAGUCCGUUUUUGUUUUUGCUUCCAUUGCCUUUUUCUUGAAAUUGUGCCGUCUGCUAGCUUUGUUGUUUAAUUUAUCGCGACAACAGUCUUUGACUGCAACUCGAGAGCCUCUAUCUCAUCAUUCCCCUAUGUGACAUCUAGACUAUCUGGGCAAGGCUACCUCAACGUGAAAUCCAAAAUAAGGAGAAUUCGCCAUUAAGGCAUAUUUUGUAGCCUACACACAAUAAGUUGGAGUCGAGAGGAUUGCUUGAAAGAAUCGGCCAUAGCUACCCUGGGGACUUCGCUAGAGGUGAGAGGGUAGUCAUGCUCUCACUGGAUGAACCGUUGGACCUGAAGCUUCCACGGGGAUGUGUUAGUGAAAACAAUUCUGCCCCUCUGACAAAAAGAGCAAGACAGCUACGCAUGACCGAUGAUGGCACAGCUGUCAUCAUAGUUUCCUCAUCUGCCUCCACACAUAGAGGUAGAAGUACUGUGGUACCCCAGGAGAAAUCUGACCCUCAAACGCCCCCUGCUGUUGACCUCAGCGUGUCACCCUCUUCCCAACAGAUAUCAUAUUCUUCUGGACUGACCAAUGGAAAUCAAGCAUCUCAUGUCUUCACUGACUCGCCUCAGAUACGGUAUGCAGAUGGAGGAGCCUCCUCUCAGGCGUUGCAGUUUUUGGUUCCAAUUGCAGGAGGAGGUGGAUUACCCCUACCCUCCUCUGUGUUUGUUGGUCAACCAAAGGACAAGUGGGGCUCUUCUGACAUCUCAGCAGAUGAACAACUGGCCUGCCGGUGGAGGAAGUGCCACCUGCUCUUUGACUCACUGCAGGAUUUAGUUGACCAUGUUAAUGACUUCCAUGUGAAGCCUGAAAAAGACUCUGGGUACUGCUGCCAAUGGGAGGGAUGUGCUCGUAAAGGGAGAGGCUUCAAUGCAAGGUAUAAAAUGUUGAUACACAUCCGUACACACACCAAUGAGAAACCACACUGCUGCCCCACCUGCAACAAGAGUUUCUCGCGCCUGGAAAACCUCAAGAUUCACAACCGCUCACACACAGGGGAGAAGCCAUACAUUUGUCCAUAUGAGGGCUGCAACAAACGUUACUCAAACUCCAGCGAUCGCUUCAAGCACACACGCACGCACUACGUGGACAAGCCCUACUACUGCAAGAUGGUGGGUUGUCUGAAACGCUACACCGACCCAAGCUCCUUGCGCAAGCAUAUCAAAGCCCACGGGCAUUUUGUGGCCCAGGCCCCCCCUGCAUCAGGUACCAUGGGGUCUUUGCUGAAAGUACACAUUGGGGAGCUAGGUGCAGGGGCAGGUAUGGGAAACGAGUCUGAGCUUGCCUACAUCAGCAGGGCUCAUAUUCUCAUUCCAGGGGCAACGGCUGCUCCUCUGGGGAGACAUGGGCUUCAGGGGAUGGGGGGAUCUCUUCCCAUUACCUCCCUGAGUCCCAGACCGCUGGAUCUCAGCACACUGGGUUGCCCCAGCUCUUCCCCAGCUGGCUUAGGGGGAGCCUCGUUCCUGUCCCUCGGCGGAUCCUCGCUUGGGCUGGGAAAAGCAUCCCUCUUAUGCCCUGCUUUCCAUGCCCUUCCACAAGGACUGCCUAUGAUGCCUGUACUAGGUGCUGAGAGGAGAGCUGGAGGCUUGGGGGCAGGGCCAUGCGGGGAGGAGAUAGAAGAGGAACUAGAGGCAGGUGGAGUCCUUAAUCUCUCCACAGGGUCCUCCCAUGACCCACUGUCCUGGGUGGUCAUCCCCUCUGGCACUGUGGUGCUCAAGCCAGGAGUGGUCAAUUGAAUCACAGUCAUAAACAGAUACAGACAUUUAAACGCACAUUCCAUAAGAGAAGGUAGUCAAAGUUUGGAUAGUUAGAAGAGGCUCAGUCGGGAGAGAACAGUUUGACCAUGUUAAUUUACUGCUGUUUCAGCAAAGGGUUCUAUAAAAAGCUAUACUUUCCACUGAAUGUCACCUAUUUCUCCUUAUGAAAAUAUUUGGGACCAGUUUUGCACAUUUUGUUGUACAAUGCAGACACCUGCAUCUUCCACCCCACUCCACUAAUGUUAAUCUAUUCUAAUUCUUUACACAUACCCUACAUUCAUUACACAUGUUUUCUUACUCAAUGUAUAGUUUGUACAAGACGACAAUGUGUGCCAUGCCUUCAUGGCUAAACACAAACACAUGAGAAGUGGUUUUGAAUGACUUAUAUUGCUAAGAACAGAGCAAUUGCAUCGAGCAUAUGCUGAAGCCUAGGGACAGGACUGACUGUCAAUGAUUUUUAGCGGUCUGCAACCUUAUUCCUCAGUGACAUUAGUGCUUUUCUCAGUGUUUAAAGCAUUAAUGUGCAGUUAUGUCAGGGCCUUGUCUUGUGGGGACAGAUGUGACUCCAGAGAUUAUGGCCCUCAUUUAUCAACCGAGCGUAGAAACCAGUGUAGAUCUGAGUGCAGAAAUCAUCUUACGACAGGGCUCAUGAUUCAUGAUUCAUGAAACGUUGAUAUCACUACAAAUUCCAGCGUAAGAAUAAAGUGUGCUGAUAAAUGUGGCGGUUGGAAACAAGUGUAAUUUAAAUAUAACGCCCCUAUAUAUGCUCGUUUUAAAGGCCUCGCCCCUAGAAUUUACGGAUGUGCAUUAUACGUCCAAAAGAGAAACAUUUGUGACCUCGAGAUAGCCACAGUGACGUUGCGAGUCCAGCUGAACCUUGUUAAUUUUGACAGCUAGAAAAGUGUCAUCAAGAAAGCUGGGAAAUUAUAGCGAUUUAAGUGCAACAGACUUAAUUUUCGCAGAGAGAACGCAUCAUACUACAAACACAUUCAUUACAAAACCAUACAACACUGCUUCUUACCCUUUGAAAAUGUAUGACUGUUGCGUUUUCCAAAGAGAAAGUAGCCUAAUCCUCUCCACAUAGCCUAUAUAUAUGCAGUACACCAUGAACUGUGAGACCUUAUAUAAAGAGAUGUGUGCCUUUCCUAAUAAUGUCCAGUGAAU